CUGUCCAGGGUUGUGGAUGCAGCACACGUGGGCUGCCGUCACGGCUCCAACCUUUCAGCCGCUUCACUCACACUUUUCUUUUCAUGAUUGGACUGUAACUCCAGUGUCCCUCCGUGCCACGGGCUGCACCCUGCCAGAUGUGGUUGGAGAGUUGUCCCAGCCGAGCCACCGUGGGAGUUACAGCUGGAGAUCCAUCUGGACAGACCUCAGAACCAAGAACGACAUCCAGAAUCGGGAGGAUUUUCAAAAAGCUCCAACUUGUACACAGAAAUUAACAUAUGAAGGCCAUGGAUAGAUAAGUCAUAGCGUCUCUAGUAGAUCUGCUGCGAUUAGUUGACAUAAUCGGCAAUGAAAAUUCAACCGUUCUACAAUUUAUUUUCGGUCUCCAGUGUCAAACGGCUCCCCUGCGUUCAGAUCUGAGGUGAAGUUGAGCAGAUCCUGCCCUUCCUGAUCGGAAUCGCCGCCACAUCUUCAACCACUCGGACGCUUUUUGCCUCCACGAUGCAGCCCUUCGCUCUUCUCUCCUCCGUCUUGUUCCUCGGCCUCACCUCCGUCUGCUUCUCCCAGAGCGAGACGGACCUCGUCGUUCAGACGCGCUCCGGCUACGUCCGAGGCGUCCGCCGGACGGUGCUGGACCGAGGCUACGUCUCGGCCUUCCUGGGCAUCCCCUUUGCCGAGCCACCAAUAGGGAAGCGGCGUUUCCGCCCCGCCGAACCAAAGCGCCAAUGGUCCGGUGUGUUCGACGCUUCCCAAUACCCCAACAGCUGCUACCAAACCGUGGACGUGACGUUUCCUGGCUUCCAGGGCAGUGAGAUGUGGAACCCCAACCAAGAGAUGAGUGAGGACUGCCUGUACCUCAACGUCUGGGUGCCGACCUCGCCCCGACCCCACAACCUCACAGUCAUGGUGUGGAUUUACGGUGGAGGGUUCUACAGUGGCACUUCCUCGCUGGACGUCUACGACGGUCGCUACCUUGCUCACACUGAAACGGUCAUUGUGGUGUCCAUGAACUAUCGCAUUGGCGCCUUCGGCUUCCUCGCCCUGCACGGCUCGGCCGAGGCUCCUGGGAACGUGGGCCUGCUGGACCAGAGGUUGGCGCUGCAGUGGGUGCAGGAUAACAUCCAUUUCUUCGGUGGAAACCCCAAACAGGUGACCAUCUUUGGUGAGAGUGCCGGUGGGGCUUCAGUUGGGUUCCACCUGUUGUCUCCAGACAGUCGGCCCACUUUCACCAGGGCUAUCCUCCAAAGUGGCGUCCCCAACGGUCCCUGGGCCUCCGUCAGCACGGCUGAGGCCCGGAGACGCGCCACACAGCUGGGUAAGCUGGUCAGCUGCAACGGCGGCAAUGACACCGAACUGGUGGCCUGUCUGCGCAAUAUACCUGCGCAGGAGCUCAUCGACCAGGAGUGGCAGGUUCUGCCGUGGUCAGCCCUCUUCCGGUUUUCCUUCGUACCCGUUGUUGAUGGUGAGGUUGUGCCCGACACUCCUGAGGCCAUGCUCAACUCAGGAAACUUCAAAGACACCCAGAUCCUCCUCGGUGUCAACCAGGAUGAAGGUUCCUUCUUCUUGGUGUACGGAGCACCAGGCUUCAGCAAGGACAAUGAAAGCCUCAUCUCCAGAGAGGACUUCCUGGAAGGUGUCAAGCUGAGCGUCCCGCACGCCAACGACAUCGGCCUGGAGGCCGUGGUGCUGCAAUACACUGACUGGAUGGAUGAGAACAACGGGCUGAAGAACCGGGACGCCUUGGACGACAUUGUGGGUGAUCACAACGUCAUUUGUCCGCUGGCCCACUUUGCUCGCAUCUACGCUCAACACCACGCCCUCAAGUCCAAUGCGGGAGGAAGCACCAUCAGCCUGAACGCUGGAGGAAACUCCCCAGGAGGCCUCUACCUCUACCUCUUUGAUCACCGCGCCUCCAAUUUAGCCUGGCCAGAGUGGAUGGGCGUGAUCCACGGCUACGAGAUUGAGUUUGUUUUUGGCCUCCCACUGGUGCCUAAACUCAACUACACCGCCGAUGAGCAAAUACUGAGCCGGCGCAUCAUGAGAUACUGGGCCAACUUUGCUCGUACAGGAAACCCCAACGAAGUGAGUGACAGAGGGAAGCGCUGGCCCGUGUUUACCCUCAACGAACAGAAGCACGUUGGACUCAACACAGAACCUCUGAAGAUCCACAAGGGCCUGCGCAACCAGAUGUGUGCGUUCUGGAACCGCUUCCUGCCACACCUCCUCAACAUCACAGACAACAUCGACGAGGCGGAGCGCCAGUGGAAGGUGGAGUUCCACCGCUGGUCCUCCUACAUGAUGCACUGGAAGAGUCAGUUCGACCACUACAGCAAGCACGAGCGCUGCGCCGACCUCUGAGCCCGUGGGGAGGAUGGAGGGGGGGUCCCGGAGGUCACAUGACCACUGCUCUGGUCACGUGACCCCUGCUCUCCUCCGUGGUCGCCCAGCGAAGUCUGACUUCUCUCUGUCUGUCUGUCUCCAAACUCACUCAAACACAGGCACUGUUCAUCCUUAUUUAACUUAUUUAUUCUAUUUAUUGAGAGGUGUGUGUGUGCGUGCGUGUGUGCGUGUGUGUGUGUGUGCGUGUAUGUAUGUAUGUGUGUGUGUGUGUGCUCAGCAUCCACUCCACCUAUCAUGUAUUUCAGGAACACUUUGUCCUUGCCUGUUCCGUCCCUUUAUUCCUCCUCACGUCUCAUUCUUUCAUGUCCGCUCUAUUUUUCUGCCUCCUUCCUUCCUUCCUUCUUUCCUUCUCUCCCUCCUCCUCUCCUCUGUGUCUCUUCUGUCCCUUCAUUUCUCCCCUCUGACCUCUUCUCCUCCUCCUGAAUGUGUUCCUCUCCCUCCAUCUCUUGGUCCUCCUGACCCCGUUUCUCUUUCCUUCUCUGAUCUCCAUCUCUAACCGGUCUCCUCCCAUCCUCCCGUCCGUCACACUUCCUUCCUUUCGUGUCUUGUUCCUCUUUCCUUUUAAGCUGGAGCGCUCCCUUCUUUUUCCACUCUCCCAUCCACUUUUCCAUCCCCUCUUCCCUUCAGCUUCUCUAACUUCUCGUGUUCCUUCCUCGGCAGGGUCUGAGCUGCAUCCCUCUCCCUCCCUCCUCCCUCCUCCCUCCUCCUCCCUCGUCCUCCCUCGUCCUCCCCUUCCCUCAUUAGUGUAAUGGAGGCAGAAUAAUUCACUCAGGAGUGAGAUGGAGCGACAGAGCGCUGGCUCAGCCUCCGGCCCACCGUCCCACUCCACACCAAGGAUGGAUGGAGGGAAGGGAAAUAAAAGAGAGAAGGUAGAGAGAGGACGCCGCAGCAGAAAGGCAGGAGGAGGCAGAGAUGUGAUGGAAAGAUUAAAGGACAAAUAGGCAGGGUUACGUAACUGCAGUGAAUCUGCAUGAAUGUUUGCAGCUCACGUUCACCACUGAUCAUGUGACUCCGGUACUCAAGCUAAACACGGACUUGAAAUGAAAAAAGGAGGCGUUUUUAUGAACAGAUGCGAAUGGUUUUGUUGGUUUUAGCAGCUUUAACUCGCAUCUGCAAAUCAGAAAUAGAGGAAAAACAUGUGUUUAGCACUCGUGUGUCUAGCGAACUAAGCGCUGGUUGAACUCCCUGGUGGCCGUCCGUCCCCGGGCCGACGCUCUGGUCCCGGCAGACCGUCCAGCAUCUGCUUCUCUGAUGAA